AUGACUCAACUACCCUCGGUGUCAAAAUUAAUAUCUGAUAAGGAUAAAUCUCCCUAUGGUGUGGAACAUAAGACCCCCAAUUUACCCACAAACCAUUUAAAUUCUUCCCCCAAUUCAAUCAUCUUACCCCCCUUGGACAUAAAUUACUCCCUUGAACAUCGUGGUUCUAAUGCUAGCUCCAUAGGUUCAAGACAACCGUCAUCUAAUCAAACCAUGACUUUGGAAAUGUUGGAUAAAAGAAGAAUCAAUUCUUUGCCUAUAAAUUCCAUAUUACCACCAUUACUGAACCAAAGUUCAUCCAAUUCCAUCCAUACUUUGAAUACGGUGAAUACGCCAUCAAUAACUCCCGGAACAGCUGGUCCUGGUUCGGAUUAUUUGAUGUACGAUUACUUUGAUGUUACGUCCAAUCCACUGGGAUAUCUGGUGCAGGGGCAUCCAAGUCACCAACAUCCAAGUCACCAACAUGCUAAUCACCAGAAUCCAAACCACCAGAAUCCAAACCACCAGAACCACCAGAAUCCAAACCACCAGAACCAUCAGAACCACCAGAAUCCAAACCACCAGAAUCCAAACCACCAGAAUCCAAACCACCAACAUCCAAACCAACCUCACCCAAAUCAAAGCCACAAACAAAGUCACCCCAAUCAAACCCCCCACCAAACUCCUCAUCAAACUCCUCAUCCUCACCCCCACCCCCAAAUCUCCCCUAACCAAAUUGUUCAACCAGUACUCAUGAAUCAAGUCCAACCCCAAGUCAUCCAUUUCCCUCCCAUGCAUCAAAUGAUGAACCAACCAAUCCAUGGAAUUCCCCAAUUGACACAAAUGUCUCUCCCCAAUCAACCAUUAUCAGCUAUGCAAUCCCUUCAACCCGGUCUUCAAACCAUCCAAUCCCUCCAACCAGGUCUUCAGCCUGGUCUCCAACCCGGACUUCAACCCAAUAUCAUGAUCCCCGUAUGGAACCCCUAUUUAGAAGAAAAUCAAGCCCUCAUCAACAAAAGAAGAAUCAUCAAAAGAAGAACCAGAACAGGUUGUUUGACCUGUAGAAAAAGAAGGAUUAAGUGUGAUGAACGGAAACCUCAUUGCUUUAAUUGUGAAAGAAGUAGAAAAGUUUGUCUUGGUUACGAAAAUUUAAAGAAAAGAGACGAUUAA